UACUAUAAAAUGCAGUCUGUAACCGUCACGGGAAAGCAUGCGAAUGAUGAAAGAAUGCGAAAAGUAUCAACAAUUGAUCCCAAGGCUCUUCGUUUUUAAGUAUAACUUCUUUUUGAACUGAAAUUAAACGCUAAGAGUUAGUGGUGCCGGCGAUGCUCUGAAGUCCGAUUGAUGAAGAUAGCGUCCCUCGGCCUCCUCCUCCUCGUCCCCAUUGGACGGCGGCUGUCCCAUUCCGUGCGUCCCGAGUCCCGCCUGAGAAAGAUGCUGCUGGACACCCCCCACUUCCGAGCCCUCUUCGAUCCGGAGACGGAGAGGCUCUCGGAGCUCUUCCGCCAGUACAGGCAUGAGCUCCGAAUCGCGGGCGGAGCAGUCAGGGACCUGCUCAUGGACCGCCGCCCGGAAGACAUAGACUUUGCCACCACCGCCACCCCCCAGGAGAUGCGGGAGAUGUUCGAGAAGGAGGGUGUGCGCAUGCUCCACAAGAAGGGGGAGGCUCAUGGCACUGUGACCGUGCGCAUCAACGACCUCCAGAACUUUGAGGUCACGACCUUGAGGGUGGACGUGAAGACCGAUGGUCGUCAUGCAGAAGUGGAAUUCACUACCGACUGGGAGCUGGAUGCUGGGAGGAGGGACCUCACCAUCAACGCCAUGUUCCUCGGACUAGACGGCACUUUGUACGACUAUUUCAACGGCAAAGAAGACCUGGAGAAGCGAAGGGUCAGGUUCGUGGGGGAUCCAGAGUGCAGAAUUAGGGAGGACUACUUGAGGAUACUCAGGUAUUUUAGGUUCUACGGGAGGAUAGCUCAAAAGCCAGAGGACCACGAACCGAAAACUCUCGAAGCCAUAAGGAGGAAUGCAGAGGGCUUGAAAAGCAUUUCGGGAGAGAGACUCUGGAUGGAGCUGAAGAAAAUUCUCGCCGGAAAUUACGCCAAAGAAAUAAUGCUCAAGAUGAUCAGCUUGGGUAUUGCACCACACAUAGGUCUCCCUGCUCAUCCAGAUGUUGUGGAAUUUGCCUGUAUGUGCGACAGGUCCCACUCCAUGAAGCCCCAUCCUGUCACCCGAUUGGCUGCCCUCCUCAGGACAGAAGAAGAGGUGUUGUGUUGCCACUCCCGCCUGAAACUCUCCAAGUAUGACAGGGACCUGGCCCUGCAUGUGGUGAAUCACAGAGUCCCUCUUCCCGAGUCCACCAAGCCCUUACAGGCCCUGAUUCUCGACUCGAAACACAAGACCAGCGAUGUCCACGAAUGGUGUUGCGAGGUGCUCAAGUACUGUGGGCAGGGCGCCCUCUGGCGGCAGCUGAAGGAGUGGCAGGUGCCCAAGUUCCCGAUCAGCGGCCACCUGCUCAUGGAGCGUGGGCUGAGACCGGGGCCCCAGAUGACCCGAGUCAUGACUCGGCUGAAGGGGGCCUGGGUGGAGAGCGGGUUCACGAUGACUCGAGAGGAACUCUUGCGCCACCUGGAGGAGGAAGAGUCGUAGACGAUGUACAGUU